AGGAGGCAGGCUAGUUUUUGCGUUUGCAACAGCCAUUGGCUGGCGACCUCACAGGCUGGGGCUUAAAGCCAAGAGCGAGUGAAUUCUGUGCAAGUCCUUGCUGACUGGGGCAUUGCGAGCCCAACGGUGCAGAGCUGAGGGAGAGGAGUAGACCGAGGCAGAGAAGAGGAGAAUACCACGACGGAGCCAUGGAGAAUCAAUUCAAGUAUGAGGAUUAUAAGGAAACUGCUGAGUGGCUUUUAUCCCAUACUAAAUUUCGACCAGAAAUUGCAGUGAUCUGUGGUUCUGGAUUGGGGGGAUUGGCGGAUAGACUGACCGAAUUCCAGGCCUUUGACUACAGUGAGAUACCCAACUUCCCUGAAAGCACAGUACCAGGGCAUGCAGGGCGGCUGGUAUUCGGAUACUUAAGUGACAAGUGCUGUGUUAUGAUGCAGGGCCGAUUCCACUCAUAUGAAGGUUACCCACUCUGGAAGGUAGCAUUCCCUGUGAGGGUUUUCCAUCUUAUGAAUGUGCAUACUUUAAUUGUUACCAAUGCUGCUGGUGGGCUGAACCCUGAAUAUGAAGUUGGGGAUAUUAUGCUGAUCCGAGAUCAUAUCAACUUGGCUGGCCUCAGUGGCCAAAAUCCACUCAGAGGCCCCAAUGAUGAGAGGUUUGGAGAAAGGUUUCCUCCCAUGUCUGAUGCCUAUGACAGGAUUCUGAGACAGAAGGCCCAUUGCAUAUGGGAGGAAAUGGAACAGGAACGACCACUGCAGGAAGGAACCUAUGUUAUGGUGGGAGGGCCCAACUAUGAAACCAUUGCAGAGUGUCGGUUUCUGCAGAAAGUAGGGGCGGACGCUGUUGGCAUGAGUACUGUGCCAGAGGUGAUAGUGGCCAGGCAUUGUGGCAUGCGAGUCUUUGGAUUCUCCCUCAUUACGAACAAAUCAGUAUUGGAUUAUGAAAGCCAGGAGACAGCCAAUCAUGAAGAGGUACUGGCGGCUGGGCGCCUGGCUGCCAAGAAGUUGGAGGAAUUUGUCUGUACUCUUGUGGAAAACAUGCAGCCACCUUCGGAGAAGACUUUUUGACCCACAGGCUGCUUGGCAUCUCCUUUCCCUGCUGCCCACUUUGCAUUCCAGACAGUGGCCGGCUUUGCCUCCUUGCUUGAGCCAUUUUCUGCCCUGAGGUUGUGGUACAGAAGUGAGAAAUAUUGGUAUUCCACCUCCUUGGAAUAUUCGCUUAUCCUUUCAAGCCCUUCCUAAUGGCACCUAAUUCUCUUUUAUUCCAUUGGUCCCUUCCCCACCAUGGAAAGCUGGAUCAUUCCAUUGUAGCUUCCAACCAUAGCCAACAUCCCAACAUCCUUCAUUCCACCCCUAGUAGACUUGUCUAGGGAUUAAGUCCACUUUGCACUAAGGCUGCUGCUAAUAUUUUGAAAAGACUACUCGUACAUUCCCAAGGCCUCACCCUGCCAUCCUAAGACUUCUGAGGCCCUUCAUGGUCCAGACCAGUGUAUACUGCAAAUUUAGUACUAUGUGGGAAUAAAAAGACAGUUAGAAAUGUUUUCUGCCUUUGUAUGCUGAACACUUAACUGGGUGGGGAACAACAGUUUAGGCUGUGAGAAUAUGUAAAGUAUGAUAAUGACAAAAAGGCAUACAGCCUUCUUAGACAAUAAAGAAUGGAUGUUUCACUAGGCAUAUAUUAGUAAACUGUACUCAGGAUCAACAGGUAAGACAGGGAGCAAUGUUUUUUUUCCUUAGGCUGCUUUAAUUCAGUUCAAUUAAAAACAUUAAGUGCCACUGUAUGCAAAGGAACAAUUAGGUGUUGUCAGAGAGAUAAAUAAAAGAUAAGCUCCUACUGUCAAAGGGCAUUUGGUGUGGUAGGAGGAUAUAUGAUAUAAAUGCACAAUAGAAUAUAGAAAAACAUUUUAGAGCCAGGAAAGAAUUGAGUUCACUCAAUCUAAUCCCUCAUUUUACAAAUGAAGAAGCAGAAGGAAGAAUUCAAAGCUGCAUAUAGCCAGUGAGCAUUCUAGCUGUAGGCAACCUUCAAGAACACUUACAGAGAGGUGGGAAAAAUUCAAGUUCCAUUUGAGUUUGGUAAUUAGGAAGACAGUGGUAACUUUAGAGAAUAGUUUCACAAGAGUGAUGUGAGUAGUGGCCAUCAGAUCAUAGGGGGCUGGGCAAACAAGUGGUUGGGAAUGAGCUAAACAAUUCACUUACCUUCUGAUUUGAUUCAGCAAAGGAAUUAGGCUUCUACAAGUAUGGCAUUUGUGCCUGUGGAUGUUACAAAGGAAGUAGUUCUCUGUUUCCCAGAUAGUCACAAUGUUCUACUAGGGCAAAAUUGUGAAACCAAUCUGGCACCCUUGUACUUUGGAACAGAAUUUCUCCCCACUCCUGAUGGCCCUUGCCCCCAGGGCAACUAGUGAUACCUUAUGGCAGGCUAGAACCUCUACUCUGGUGCCUCUGGUUCCUAGCCAGUGCCCUCUCCUCUGAUCCCUUUCUAUAAAAACAUACUUUUCCUGCUAGCUAUUAACAAGAGGAAAUGGUGGUUUUAUUUCAGUAUCAGGAUGUCUCUCAGGCUGGGCACAGUUAAAUAAGAAAGCCAGUGUUAUAUUGUCACUCUUCAUGUACCAUCACCUCACCACCAAAAUAGUUGCUUCAUACAAUUUGCCAUUAGCAUCUGCUUUUUCUCUCUGCCAGAAGAGAUACAAGUUCUGGUUUGAGACCACUUUCUGCAUUUCUCUCAUAGAUAGGCACCCAACUAUGAUUUCUUUAUAUUAAUUGGGGAAAAGAUUCAACUUUAGGAUACCUGUUAGGGUGGGUGGAAUUAAAACAAGAUUUGGAUUUGCUCCAUGGGCUCACUAUCCUCUUCUGUAUCUCUUAAUACCACAACUUGACUCUGAUAGAACUCUAAGAAUUGGAACCAUUCAACCUACGAAUUAAAGACCCAAGAGUUAUCUAGUGGCUUUUUGAGGAUCAAACAUAGCUUAAUUAUUAGCAAGUGUGUAGAAACUAAUAGUGUGCCAUAAGAGUUGCAGUAUUUGAUGGGAAGACAGGGUCAAACAGAAGCUCACUGGUAUCCUAACUACAAAGUUCAGAUAGGGGAGGACAUGCACUCUACUGAGAGUGUGUCCAGGUCUUUAUGGGGUAAAUUGGCUACCCAACUUCACUUUCAUUCCAAAGAAAUUGAGUCAUUUUGUGGUGUCCCAGCAAUGUAAGUAGCCAAUAAGGAAGGUAGGGAGAGUAAGAAUUAACCUUGGAAGAGACUUAUAGCCAAACUCCAUGCCUUUACUCUCACUAUUCCCUGUGCCUGGAAUGUUCUGGGAAACAAUUCUCUCCUCUUCCUCCCUUUCACCUCUUGAAGGCUUACCACUUUUCUAAGAAUGCGACCUCUUUCAGGAAGCCUUAUUUAAAACACUCCAAUAAGAAAUGAUCUUUCUUUCCCUGGUUCUUGAAUUGCCCUUUGUACUUGUCUUAAUGUUUUUAUAUAUUUCAUUUUGCACUAUAAUUCUGGAUAUUUAUCAUUAUAUUGUCAUUUUGUAUAUUUCGUAUUUCCCCUACAGGAUUGUAAGCUCUAUGAAAAUAAUAACUAUGCCUUAAUUGCAUUUUUAUCUCCUUAAUCACGUAAUAAGUACUUAAUAAACAGUCAAUGAAUGAAUGAAUGAAAAAUCUUAAUAACUGUAACUCAAAUUCAAAAUAGUGCUUUAUGAGGCUUUACAAAGUGUUUUUCUCAUACCAACCAAUAAAUUCUAUAUGCAUUUU